GUCGUUCCACCAUUUUCAGUUCAAGCACUUCAAAAAAAUACUAUUACUCUAGAGCCUAAGUUUAAAAAGAAAUUCGUUAUCGAUCGCCACAACUCAUCAAAGACAGCCACUUCAUUUCGAAUGUAUUACGACCGUGGUGAUUUGCCCAUAAAAAUGGAGUACUUAAUCGGUGGUGAUAAAAUCAGUUGGACAGUUGACAUCGAUAAGCUGGAUUAUAGUCUUUACCUUCCGCUGUUCUUUGACGGCUUAUCAGAAACUCAACAUCCAUAUAAAACAUUCGCACGGCAAGGCGUUCAAGAUCUCUUAUCCAACGGUGGUGAUAAAAUCUACGCGAUUAUCCCCCAACUUAUAAUUCCCAUAAAAAAUGCUCUCAAUACGAAGAACAUUGAAGUCAUGUGCACAACGUUGAAAAUCAUUCAACAGUUGGUCAAUGCAUCGGAUUUAAUAGGACCUGGUCUGGUGCCAUUCUAUAGACAACUCCUGCCGGUUUUCAAUGCUUAUAAAAUCAGGAACAUAAACAUCUAUGAUGCUAUCGAUUACGGUCAAAAGAACAACCUUAAUUUGGGUGAUUUAAUUGAUGAAACCCUUCAAUGUUUGGAGAAGCAUGGAGGCGAAGACGCGUUCAUUAACAUCAAAUAUCUCGUACCCACUUAUGAGUCUACAUUUAUUAAUUAAGAUAGUUUGUUAAUCAUUGAAUUGUUUGUAGAACUUCUCAGCUGUGGAAUUUAAUGGUUAUUAACGCCCAGCUUUUUCUCUAUAUCAAGGAACUUCACAGAUAGUUUUUAAUUAAAUUUAUGAAGUUUCCACUUUUUUAGCUUUCAUCGGAUUUUAUUCUGUUUCCCUCUUUCUCUCUCUUUGUUUUGUUUUUAUCUGUGCCAAUUUUUAUUCCAUGAACACAAAUAGAUUAUGAUAAAAUUUUUGCUUUAAAGUAAAUAUGUUUUUAGUUGUGGAAAGAUAAAGUCAAACUUUUAAAUAACAACGAGAAAUUUGCGAUGUUGGCAAUUAAAUUUUGGUGUUUCAAUUUGGUUUUUUAUUGCAGCAGAAGAUAAACAUUUUUUUCCGUGAAUUAAAAGAUCUUUAUUUUUUAAUCAGAUUUUUUAAUGAAGUUUAAAACAAAUUGAGGAUCUGAAUGAGUUUAAUUUUGACAAAAAAUAUAUUUGAUGCUCUUCGAAACAUCGC